AUGCAUUUCAGAGUGAGAAUUAUAAACUUGCUCGCCCCGCCUCCCCCAAAGCACACAUCAGCUAUUCACCCACUUCUACCGUUAAUAAUGUCAACUCGCAACCGCAACGGCAGCAGUGACGCCUCCCUUCCCGGCUUUGAGCGUGUGGAGGGCCGAAAUAAUAACCGCAACAACUCCAAUUACCGCAGCCGCAACAACUCUAAUGACCGCAACCGCAAUAACUCCAAUUAUCGCAGCCGUAACAGAACCAGUGACGAUACCCCUCCGGGUCUUGAGCGCUUGGGGGGCCAGGAAAGCCAUGCCGAGGCGGAAGGAGAACAUAGUAACCGGGGGGAGAAUACCCUAGGUCAUGAAGAGGACUUCCCCGACGAUGAUGGCGAGGCGGAAUCGUUCCUUCAACCUAUGUGGUCAGCACCGGAUCUGCUGGACCACACUGCAGAAACAUCUGGCUUGCCGAUGGAAGGAGUUGUUCUUGCUUGGCGCGGAAACAACACCGGCAAAUCAGUGAUAGUCGGAUAUGCGUGCGGCGGGUUCGUGACUGCACGACUGAUCCCAGCGGCCCGGCGUCCUAUUCCCUCUCGAGCACCUAACAUAUCAGAAAAAGCUCUUGGUCGCCGAAAGGACGAUCUUCGGACCGAGCGAGAUAUUAAAGCUUGGGGAAUCGUCGCAUGGCGGGUGGAUAAGAAGUCGGUCAGCCAGGACCCAAUAUCCUUAUUAAAACCGAUGACCAGAGCGUGGUAUCCAGAGACGUAUGUCUAUAUUCAUUGGUGGAAUGGAGAUGCGAGCUGGGAGUCGCGGCAUAAUCUUCGAUACGUCUGUGCUAGCAACAACCUGAAGACAGACAUGUUAAUAUACAAUGUGGCGAAGGAGCAGGAGGCCAAUUACCGCGAGGCACUUACAGGAGUGAGGCCAGAAUAUGCUCCGGCAAAUACCCAAAUGGCAAACGACCACUGGAAAAAUGUGAACGCAUAUCGAGGUGCACACUGGUUCCAGCCACGCGCCGAAGAAAACAGGCGAAUAACGAGCAUCGGAUAUGAACCGGUUAUCAUGGAAGAAGAUAACUCUCACGAGUUCGAUAGUGGUAUAGGUUUGAGACAAGGUUCAAUUGCCGGCAGCAAUAGUGAUAUUGUCGAAGAAGCUGGGGAAGAAGAUGAAGAAGGAUAUUAUGAGGGCUCCAAUGAGGAUGAAGAGGUGGUUCAGGAUGAUAGAGAACAACAAUAUGGGCAUGCGCAGCAGCGUCAGCCUUAUUUAAGCCCUAUUGAUGAAGAAGGUAGUGUCCUUGAGAGCAGGGUUUUCUUCACACCUGAGGUGACCCCCAGCCGAGCCCGAGGGCAUGGUGAAGCACAGCGAACAUACGGUAUUUCUACCCCAAGAGCGACCAGGUCACCUAGCUCCGGUGACCCCUCCCAGGGGAAUAGAGGCCAGGCCCAGCGGAUGCUGGAAACACCAGGCAACCAGCGAAUGCCGCGCUUAAACCAGGGCUCAAACCGGGGCAAUGAGCAGCCGACACCAGAAUCCAGCCGCUCCAAUCGCUCUAACCAAGACAAUCGGCGGCAACAGACACCACAAUCCAGCCAGGGUAACCGCUCCAGCCAAGACAAUCAGCGACUAGCACCGCACUCCAGCAGCUCCAACCGCUCCAGCCAGGACAAUCAGCGGCAACAGACACCACAAUCCAGCCAGGGUAACCGCUCCAGCCAAGACAAUCAGCGACUAGCACCGCACUCCAGCAGCUCCAACCGCUCCAGCCAGGACAAUCAGCGGCAACGGACACCACACUCCAGCCAGGGUAACCGCUCCAGCCAAGGCAAUCAGCGGCAGACACCACAAUCCAGCCGCUCUAAUCGCUCCAAUCAGGACAAUCAGCAGCAACGGACACCACAACCCAGCCAGGGUAACCCCUCCAGCCAAGAAAAUCAGCGACAGACACCACAAUCCAGCCGCUCUAACCGCUCCAGCCAAGACAACCAGCGGCAACGGACACCACAAUCCAACCAGGGCGCCCACCCCAACCAGGGCAAUCAACAGCAACGGACACCACAACCCAGCCAGGGUAACCCCUCCAGCCAAGAAAAUCAGCGACAGACACCACAAUCCAGCCGCUCUAACCGCUCCAGCCAAGACAAUCAGCGGCAGCGGACACCGCAAUCCACCCAGGGUAACCGCGAUCAGCAGCGACAGGCACCGCACUCCAGCCGCUCCAGCCGCUCCAAUCGCUCCAACCAAGACAAUCAGCCCCAGACGCCAAUCUCCACCCAGGGCAACCGAUCGAACCAGGACAAUCAGCGGCAGACACCAACGCACUCCAGCCGCUCCAAUCGCUCCAACCAGGACAAUCAGCGGCAACGGACACCACAAUCAACCCAGGGUAACCGCUCCAACCAAGGCAACGAAGGGGACCAGCGCAGUGCGGGAUUAAACAUUCCCCUAUCCGAGGGCAACCAGGGUCAACCCCAACAGCGACGUGGUCGAGGUCGCGCCCGCCGCGGAGAGCUCAGCAACCCACCAAGCAACCUACCGACACGACGUAGCACUCGACAUACUCGAGUCCCGGGUGGGCCUUAG